UGCAGACUGGUUCUACAAACAUUUGUGAAAGAAUGGGUCGCUUUCAGGAGCUCAGUGAAUUCAAGCAUGGUACCGUGAUAGGUUGCCACCUGUGCAAUAAGUCCAUCCUUGAAAGUUCCUUGCUACUAAAUAUUCCACGGUCAACUGUUAUUGGUAUUAUAACAAAGUGGAAGCAACUGGGAACAACAACAACAACUCAGCCACCAAGUGAGUGGGAUAAGCGCAUGCUGAAGCGCACAGUGUGCUGAAGUCACUAUCUGCAGAAUCAAUCGCCAAAGACUUUUGUGUGGACUUCAGAUUAGCGCAACAAUAGCACAUAGAGAACUUCAUGGAAUGGGUUUCAAUAGCCAA